AUGCAGGGAGCCCGGGUGCUGCUGCUGCUGCUGAGCCUGAGGCUACAGCUGGCCCAUGGUGUCAUCCCAGUGGAGGAGCAGAAUCCAGCCUUCUGGAACCAGAAAGCUGCCGAGGCCCUGGAUGCCGCCAAGAAGCUGAAGCCCAUUCAGACCUCAGCCAAGAACCUCAUCAUCUUCCUGGGAGACGGGAUGGGCGUGCCCACAGUGACAGCCACCCGGAUCCUAAAGGGACAAGAUCAAGGCAAGCUGGGGCCGGAGACACCCCUGGCCAUGGACCACUUCCCAUAUAUGGCUCUGUCCAAGACAUACAGUGUGGACAGACAGGUGCCAGACAGUGCCAGCACAGCCACGGCCUACCUGUGUGGGGUCAAGGCCAACUACAAGACCAUUGGCUUGAGUGCAGCCGCCCGCUUUGACCAGUGCGACACAACACGAGGCAAUGAGGUCAUCUCUGUGAUGUACCGGGCCAAGAAAGCAGGGAAGUCCGUGGGAGUGGUGACCACCACCAGGGUGCAGCAUGCCUCGCCAGCUGGCACAUAUGCACACACGGUGAACCGCAACUGGUACUCAGAUGCAGACAUGCCAGCCUCGGCGCUGCAGGAGGGCUGCCAGGACAUCGCCACGCAGCUCAUCUCCAACAUGGACAUUAAUGUGAUUUUGGGCGGGGGCCGCAAAUACAUGUUUCCUAAUGGGACCUCAGACCCUGAGUAUCCAGGUGAUGUCAACCAGACUGGAGUUAGGCUGGAUGGCCGGAACCUCGUGCAGGAGUGGCUGCAAAAGCACCAGGGGGCCCGAUAUGUGUGGAACCGCCAGCAGCUCAUUCAGGCAUCCCAGAACUCAUCCGUGACAUAUCUCAUGGGCCUCUUUGAGCCUGUAGACACAAAAUUUGAUAUCUACCGAAACCCGGAUCUGGACCCCUCCCUGAUGGAGAUGACGGAGGCAGCCAUUCGAGUGCUGAGCAGGAACCCCCGCGGCUUCUACCUCUUUGUGGAGGGGGGCCGCAUCGACCGUGGUCAUCACGAGGGCACAGCUUUCCUGGCCCUGACCGAGGCGGUCAUGUUCGACUCUGCCAUCGACAAGGCCGGCCAGCUCACCAGCGACCAGGACACGCUGACCCUGGUCACCGCCGACCACUCGCACGUCUUCUCCUUUGGCGGCUACACGCUGCGGGGCAGCUCCAUCUUCGGGCUGGCCCCUUUCAAGGCCCGGGACGGCAAGUCGUACACGUCCAUCCUGUAUGGCAAUGGCCCCGGCUACGUGCUGAAGUCUGGCGACCGACCCAACGUCACGGAGGUUGAGAGCGGUGCCCCCACCUACAAGCAGCAGGCGGCUGUGCCGGUGUCGUCGGAGACGCACGGAGGCGAGGACGUGGCGGUGUUUGCGCGCGGCCCGCAGGCGCACCUGGUGCACGGGGUGCAGGAGCAGAACUACAUCGCGCACGUCAUGGCCUUCGCUGCCUGCCUGGAGCCCUAUGAGGCCUGCGGCCUGGCGCCCCCGACCCUCCAGAGCACCCCUGGGGGUUCCAGCUCUGCUGCUGCCCCACUGUCGCUGACGCUGCUGCUUGGGACGCUGCUAUUGCUGCUGGGGGCAGUCGCCCAGCCCUGACCACGCGGCCCUCCGGGGAUCACUCCAGGGUCCGCGCAGUUGGUUCUCAUUCCCCCACCCAGUGCUCCCUAGGCCGGACUGCCUCCUUCCCCACGGGUCUCCACCUCAGGGUCCCCAUCACUCGUCCCGAGGCCCGUGUUGAGGGCCUCAACCUUAGCCCUCACCCUGGGCUGCCACCUCCACAGUACCCCCUCGGACUUCUACCAAGGAAUAGCCAUCUCUGCGAGAUGAGCCAGCCUCAGACCUGGAAGAGCUUCCCCUUUUCACUUGUGGACACUGGGUGGAUGUGCCGCAGAGGCGCCCUUGUGACUGAGCCUAUGACACUCACGCUUUCUUGGGGCUGCUCUCUGAUUCCCUUUUAGAACCUCAGCUGCCCACACCUUUGGAAAAAAGCAGGCUCACAGAAGGACUCUCCACCACACCUACUAGCCUUGGGGACGACCAAGAUGACAGCACCCCAGAGUGGUCCCCCACAGAGCCACAUCCAGAAACCCCUGGAGUACCCUAGGACUCAGGAAUGUGAGGAACCCCAGAGAGGCUGGCUUUCCUCCACCUUCCCACUGACCCUGCCACUGAUUCUGCAGGCCAAGGAGGCUGCUAGGGCCAAUCCCCAAUGGGCUGUGACACAGGGCUCAGCUGUCCCUCUCUGCCCCUCUCUUCACCCUAGAGGCCCAGUGGUGCCAUUACACAUACUAAAGAGGUGCCCCAAGAUACUCAGCAUCUUGAUGCUGGCCUCCCAAUGCCCAUUCCAGGCCAGGAAAUUCAAGAACCCUCCCAGACAUAAAAAUGGCAGGAAUGGAGGGGCUGCCCAGAGCAACCCUGGGCCCCUCCCGGGACCAUCUCAGGCUGCUCACAGAUUUCUGAACAAAGAAGACUCCCUGCCCUUCUGGGGUCCCUAUUCUCUUGAGAGAGACAAACCAAUAAUAAAAUAAGCUGUUGUACAAUAUGAUGUUGAAAAACCUUGAGCGAAUGAAGCCCCCAGAGUGCUUGCAGACAGCUGCGUGAUGGAGAUUAGGAGGCCAGGGAGAGGCU